AUGAUUGCCAUCAUCCUGUGGGCUGUCCUCUCGGGGCUCACUUUCGCCCACGCAGACUCUCAGUAUACACUCGUUGAGUCGUACAGUUCCACGAAUUUCUUUGAAAAGUUCAACUUUUUUGAGAGCAAUUACUCGACCGGCAACUACAAUGACGUCGAUCCAACAUCAGGCUUCGUCAACUAUCGCAACCGGGAAGAUGCCAUGAAAUUAGGGCUCAUCGCGACCCAGGGAUCGGAAGUCUUUUUGGGCGUCAAUCACAGGGAUACAAUGGAUCCAAAAGGCGAGGGACGUGACAGUGUUCGGCUCGAAAGCAAGCAGCUUUACAACCAUGGGCUGUUUAUCGCGGAAUUCACACAUCUGCCCAAGCCUAGCUGCGGAGCCUGGCCCGCGUUCUGGACAUUUGGUGACCCGUGGCCCGUCAAGGGCGAAAUGGACAUCAUCGAGAAUUGGAAUCUGGCCAAAAACAAUAUGGUUGUUCUGCACACGGGAAAUGCAACAGAGGUGGGCAAUUGCACCAUCAGUCAAUCCCCCAUGUCAAAUACGGUCAUUUCAACCAAUUGCGACAGCACGUUUCAAGACGAAAAGCAAGCUCUUAAUCAGGGGUGCAGCACGGAGGAGACUUCUGGGCAGUGGGGCUCUGAAUCUGGUGGUGUCUACGCAAUGGAGUGGUCGAGCGAGUACAUCAAGGUCUGGAGCUGGAGUCGAAACGGCACUUCCAAGGACAUCCGGCUUGGAAAGCCGAACCCGCAGUCAUGGGGCAAGCCGCAUUUCUAUGCCGGCGGUUCGUCUUGCAAUGUGAGCCGCCAGGUUCGUGAUCAGAAACUUGUGUUGAACAUAACUUUCUGCGGUGCGGCCGCGGGAAAUCCAGCCCUCUGGGGCCAGCAAUGUCGAAAUACGACUGGUUAUGAGACCUGCGCUGAAUACGUUGCCAAGCACCCUGACGACUUCGCUGACACGUUCUGGAAGCUCAAAAAGAUCGAUGUGUUUCACGUCGCAACGAAUGGCACGAAGUGCGCAGACGAGGACAGUGGAAGCGGAAAGCAGAAGGGGCUCGAGUGA